AUGCAAACACCUCGGCUCUUCCAACCGGUCAACGUUGGUUCCCUUGCGCUUCAGCAUCGCAUCGUCUUGGCCCCGUUGACGAGAUUUCGGAGCACUCCCGGGCCGGAGCGCUUGCUAAUGGACAUCUCCGCGGAUAUGUACGAACAACGUUCACGCUCACCCGGUACAUUGCUCAUAUCUGAAGCGACUGUCGUCGCCCCUCAGGCUGUCGGAUAUUCUCACUCGCCCGGUAUAUGGAACGACGCCCAGAUUGUGCAAUGGAAGAAGGUUACCAGUGCCGUCCAUAAGAACGGCUCCUUUAUAUUUUGCCAGCUUUUUGCGCACGGUCGCGGGGGCGAUCCUGCGGUUGUGGAAGCGGAGGGACCAUUCGACUACGUUGGACCAUCUCCCAUCAAGCUUUCCGGCUACGAGCGGACGCCUAGAGAGCUGACCUUGCCCGAGAUCAAACAGUAUGUGGAACUCUUUGCGCAGGCUGCAAAGAAUUCCAUCGCUGCUGGGUUCGAUGGCGUUGAAAUUCAUGGAGCGAAUGGGUAUCUUAUCGAUCAGUUCACUCAAACGAAUGCCAACCAACGCACGGAUGCUUACGGAGGUUCCAUUGAGAAUCGGUCUCGGUUCGCACUCGAGGUUGUCGACGCGGUAGCGCGAGCAAUCGGCGCGGAGAAAGUCGGGUACCGGGUUAGUCCGUGGAGUCCGUUUCAGGAUAUGCGUAUGCCGGAUCCUAUCCCGCAGUUCAGCCAUCUUGUCUCCGCACUCCGCGCAGCCCAUCCCAACCUCGCGUACUUGCACGUCGUCGAGCCGCGUAUUACAGGCUCGGAAGACACAGCUCCUGCGCCGGAUAGCAAUCAAGUCGAGUCCAACGAUUUCUUGAGAGAGAUAUGGGAUGGUCUUCCUUUCAUCAGCGCCGGUGGAUAUACGAGAGAAAGCGCGAUCGAGCGCAGUGAACAGUCGGGAGAGCUGAUCGCGUUUGGCAGACACUUCAUCGCCAAUCCCGGCCUCGUGGAAAGAUUACGAAGAAACAUACCCCUCAAUAAAUAUGAUCGAUCGGGGUUCUUUACUGUUAUGAGCCCGGUAGGGUACGUGGAUCAACCAUUUGCUAGCUACGAUUGA